AUGCACUCUAGCCGGCAGCGCCCUCAGCUAACAGCUAACAGCUUGCUAUCGGAGAGAAAGAAGCCUGGACAAUUCACAACACAAAGGAAAACAGAGCAAAGGAACCCAGAUCCCAGGCGAACAUGUUCAGUGUGCUGUAAUCAUUAUAAACACAACAAUAGCAUCCAAGGCUGCAGGCAGUGCUUGCUUUCUACACUCAAAGCGAAAAUGGAAACUGAGGCAGAGGUAAUUCCUAUUUGGCAAAAUAAACCCCAUGGAUCAACUCGUAGUGUGGUUAGACGAAUCGGCUCAACACUACCUCUUAAACCCUGCCCCAGGGCAUGUUUUCAGGAGCUCCCAGGUCUCCCUCCAAUGCGCUCAAUGGAUGGGCCACUGGUGCCCACACUGGCAGACAUCUCCUGGAUUGCAGAUGAUGAUGAGGAGACAUACGCCAGAGUCAGGAGUGACACACGCCCCCUAAGGCACGAGUGGCGGCCAACACCCCUGCUGGUUAUGCAUAGGAACUCAUCUGUGCCCAACUUCAGACGAGAGGGCAGGCGGGUCGAAGGGCUGAGGAAACCAGGCGUAACUGCUAUGAACCGGACCACAGCUUUACAGGAUGAGCUGAGUCGACUCCGCGCCCAGAUUGCCAAGAUUGUCGCUGCAGAUUCAGAUUCGAAUCCCAUCACGCCUGACCUGCUGUCCCCUGACGACACUAGUGUGGGCUUCUCCAUGGCUCCUUUUGAGACUGCGGCUUACCAGCCUGACCCAACAGCCUCUUUUGCCAUCAGUGAUGUCACAGAGGAGGAGGAGGAGGAGGAGGAAGAUGAUGAUGAUGAAGUGGAAGAUGUGUUGGAGCUGGUGCCUGAUCCCAUCCCACCCAGUUUCCCAGUUUCCAUGACAGCAUCUGCAACUUUUGAUCUUGAUCGCCCUACCAUGGACUUCCGGGAGCAAGAGGAAGACACAGUGUCUCUAUCAAAGUCAACAAGCUUUGCUGAUGUCAUGGACAUCCUGAAAGACAUGAAUCGCAUGAAGAUGAGCAAGGACAGAUAUAACCGUGGGUGCACCUCACUGAGAGAGGAAGACUCUGCCUCUCUUAUAUCUGAAGUAUUGAAGAAGAAAUUCAUUCUGAAAGAUGCAUGAGGAAAUGAUCGUUCAUCCAAUCCCUCUCAGCAGCCUCUCCAUAUAAGGGCACAUGGAAUUGCUUGGAGCAUUUUUCUCUUUGUUUCAGAGUUGAAGAUACAAACUUUGUGAACAAAACAUCGCUGUGGAAUUUUACCUACUUAUUUUUAUGUUCUCAAGUAUUUUUUUUUUUUACUUGAUUGAUAGGCCUGUGCCUUUGGACUGUUGCCAUGGAAACCCCAUAAUGCCUCCAAAUAAACCAUGGAGAUCUGCUGUGCUUACUACUCCCACAGUGCCACUCAGUGACAUGGCUGGAAGGAAGAGAAGCAGCUCUUCUCAGCUUUUGUCAAGACACAUACACACUCUCCAGCUGGCAUUUAAUGGCCAAUUGGGCCAUCUGCAUGCAUUUGUAAUGUCUGAGUGUGUGUGUGUGUAUAUUAGGGUCCAUAAGGAUUAGUCCUUGAAAGCUGAAAGUUUUUAUUUUUUUCUGUGUUGCUUGAGUUUUUGCAUCUCAGCGUCUCUGGCAGGAGCAUCGCGUUUAUAAGACACAGACUCAAGUUAAAGGGAUAUUCAGGGUUGAAUACAAGUUAAGCUCAAUCGACAGCAUUUGUGGCAUAAUGUUAUUUACUACUAAAAUGUAUUUUCUUUAAAAAAGCAAAAAUCAAGGUUUUGUGAAGUGCACCAGUCCCUCCUGCAGCAAAGCACACCCACAACAUGAUGCUGCCAACCCCCAUGCUUCACAGUUGGGAUGGUGUUCUCCGGCUUGCAAACCUCACCCUUUUUCCUCCAAACAUAAAAAUUGUCAUUAUAGACAAACAGUUACAUUUUUGUUUCAUUAGACCAGAGGACAUUUCUCCAAAGAGUAAUAUAUUUGUCACCAUGUGCACUUGAAAAAUGUAUUUUUCUGCUUUAUUAUAGUGGUUUUGGAGCAGUGGCUCCUUCCUUGUUGAGCAGCCUUUCAGGUUAUGUCGAUAUAGGACUCGUUUUACUGUGGAUAUAGAUACUUAUCUACCUGUUUCCUCCAGCAUCUUCACAAGGUUCUUUGCUGUUGUUCUGGGAUUGAUUUGCUCUUUUCCCACCAAAGUACAUUCAGAAAAUGUCUCUAGGAGACAGAAUGUGUCUCCUUCCUGAGCGGUAUGAUGGGUGCAUGGUCCCAUGGUGUUUAUACUAUUGUUUGUACAGAUGAACAUUGUGUGGAGACUUGUGGAGAUCCACAAUGCUUUUCUGAGUUCUUGGCUGAUUUCUUUUGAUUUUUCCAUGAUGUCGAGUAGAGGCACUGAGUUUGAAGGUAGACCUUAAAAUACAUCCAAAGUUACACCUCCAAUUCAAUACAGCUAUCAGAAGCUAAUUGCCUAAAGGCUUGACAUCAUUUUCUGGAAUUUGCCAAGCUACUUAAAGGCACAGUUAACUUUGUGUAUGUAAACUUCUGACCCACUGGAAUUGUGAUAUAGUCAAUUAAAAGUGAAACAAUCGGUCUGUAAACAAUUGUAAAAAAUUGAUUGUGCCAUGCACAAAGUAGAUGUCCACAACUAUAAAUCUCUGGAGUGUUUUAAAAAUGUUUAUUUAAUGACUUCAACUUAACUGUAUAUUGUUUAUGACUUGUGGAUAUAUUUUUGAAGAAGUAUUUUAAUGUUUACGGAUCGGUUCCAUUCACUUCCAUUGUAAGUGCCUCACUGUAACUCACAUUUAUCCCUUUUUGUUUUUUUUUUGUUGUUUUUUUUAAAAGAAGAGUAGGUAUGAGCCAAAAUAAAUUUUUGUGGUAAUCAACAUUAUGCCACAAAUGCUGUCAAUUGAGCUUAACAUGUAUUGAAGCCGGAAUAUUCCUUUUAAUAGAACUUUGACUUGUAAAAGCGUUCCUCGAGACACAUACAUUCUGUUCCAUUUGUAGCACUGCAUCUAGCAAGGAUGUGUUCAGUCUGAAAGGCCCCUUACUGAUCAGUGAUCAUCGUUUCUCCAUCAUAGGUUUUGUGAAAUUCAAACACUACUUCUGUUAGUUCGAAUAGGAACGGAACAUCUGCUAUGAAGGUUUCCAUCCUUUUCACUAAUUGUCCUUUGAACAAGCUUGCUGUACAAAAUUCACAACAAAAUGUUAUUCAAACCAUAAAACCACAGAAGAUUCCUGGUGGAGCCCAGGUUGUUGUUUUAUCAAUCUGUAGUUUGGAGCUGUAGAUGUGUCCCUCUUGCCUUACACUUUCCAUCAAACCCUGUAAUACUUGAAGCCGUUUUUGAUGAUUGAGCUGAUAGUCACCGUUUCUCCAUUUAGAAACUAAAGGAUUUGUGUGUGUGUGCAUAUGCACUGAAGAGUUUAGAUUGCAUUUCUCCUGCAGACUUAUGCAAUGUAUAUUGUGCCAGAAAACUGAUGUGGUUCACAAAAUGGUGAACAAUAACAAGUUAAUUUAUAAUGCGUGUGGUUGAAUUUAUCUUAUGUUUAAGUACAGGACAAAUAAAAAAUCCUGCAAAUUGUAAAUGUCUCUGUAAAGUCUAAAUGGCACGUGUGAGGUUAAGCGGGUGUUUUAUAAGAUGAUUAUGAGGGAUGCAUUUUUCUUUUCUUUUUGCAAAGUGUAACAGGAAGCUGUUUUAUUGCAUAUACUUAUUGUGUUUAGGAUCGAACACAAAAUAUGCUUGUCAUUUGUUUCACAUUCUUAUUUGGAAAUUUUCCCAAGCACGCUGCCUUUUUCCAUGUGGCUGACGUGUGCAUUAUAAGAAAUGUUUGGCCUUUAUAUUUAGUGCAGUGUUAAAUACUUUCCCUUAGUCUCCAGACUAAGUGGUUCUUUAUUCAAUACUUCUUGUAGUUACCUUCAUAAUCUAAGUUACAGUCACAUCUAGCAAAACAUUUUCUUGAAAUUCAAUUGCUCCAUAAUUUACAGUACAAAGACAACUUACUUAUAUUCAUAGAAGAAAACAAGAAAUCUUAAUGAAUUCAUCGUAAUAAUGUAAUUAUCAAAGAUAAUGGGUGCUUAGAUCUGUAAUAUGAAGUGUAUGCACUGAACAUGAUAAUGUAUGUUCUUGUAACGGGUCAAAUGUGCAUGCUGCUUUUUCAGUCUUGACUGUUUGGUGCCAUCUAUAGUUUUAACUAUGGUUAGCACUUCAGGCUUGUUUUGGAUAAGAUCAUCUUGCACUUAUGAUUUCUUUUGGAAGACACUUUCUUCUUUACUGUGUUUUUGUGAAAUAAGGGAAUUAUAAGUCUGCCUGUUGAUCAUGCAUAAGAUGGGAAAUAAAUAGCUG